AUGAGGUCCAUGCUUUCCUCAAUGCAGAAGACUAUGUGUCAGUCAAUGAUCUCCAGGGAAGACGAUAGAGCAAAUUUCAGCAAUAUGUUCAAGAUCUUAACUGAGCUGGAUAAGACCCUGAAGAUGAAUACUUAUGAGACUCAUGUCUCUAAUGUACAGUUUUCAAAAUUUCAACAGAAAAAAAGCUUCAACCACCAAACUGAACUAUUUGACAUUGAGAGGCACAUCAAUGACGAACGACACAAGGAAAACUUGGAUGAAUUCGCUUUAGUGAAGAAUCAGCUGGUAGAAAUGCAAGGGUGCAUGAGGAGAAAUGACAAUGAACGACAAGCUUUUGCCAAGAACCUUGCCAGGAAGUUUCAAGCUAAGGAAGAUUCUUUAGGCAAUGCUGAAAGUUCUCAACCUCGACCAGUUCAAGGUGAGUCUAGUAGGAGGAACGAUGGCAUUGCAACCGGGACCAGAUCCAGGCGUGCCCCAAGUUCUGAUGACAAUCCUAGGCCAACCAAGAGAGGCGAUGGUCGAAGUGGUUCCGAGCGCGGUGGUAGAAAUGUUGGCGGCCGGAGUAGGCUGUCUAAUGUUGACCAAGGUGGACGUGGCAGUGUUGCUGAGCGUGGAGGAAGAUCGAAUGCAGGAAGUCGUGGUUGUUUCAGAAGAACAGAUGGUGAACGACAUGAAUUUGCUGACUCUAUUGCAAGGAAGUAUCAAGCAAAGGAGAAUGCUAAAGCUGAUGGUGAUAGGGAUCAACCUCGAAUCACUCAAGGUGAGUCAAGCAGAAGAAGUGACGGUGUGUCAACCGACACUAGAUCCAGACGAGCUCCAAGUAACGAUGAAAACCCUAGGCCAACUAAAAGAGGCGGAGGUCGAAGCGGUGGUGAUCGUGGAGGUCGAAGUAGUGGCGGUGGCCGUGGUAGGCAAUCUGGGUUUGAUCAAAGAGGCCGUGCCAGUGGAGGUGAUCAUGGUGGUAGAUCAAGUGGAAGCGGUCGUGGUGGUCGCAUUCUUCCUCCGUUUUUAAUAUGUUAUCCGGUCAAGACAUGA